AUGUGUAAAGUUCCACCCGAGAUCCAGCUUCUUAUUCUCCAGGAAUUGGAUGGACAGAAGGACGUUCUUCGCGAAUGUGCUCUGGUAUGCAAACUCUGGCACGAGCUCUGCCUCCCCGCGCUUUUUCGUGAACUGGUCAUCGACAUAGAGGAUCUACAGGCACACAGUGACUUCCUCGUCAACUCCCCCCAUAUACGCACUCAUAUUCGCAAACUCAAGUUUGAAUUCUCUCCGUUUCCUGUUCAUGUUCACCCUCGCGAAGACCAUAUGAUUGUGUCGCUUCUUCUAGGGCUUCCACGCUUAGACGAGCUCUUGUGCACCUCGAUUAUAUUCACCACACUGUCUACGGUGCUCCCACAACUGUCCAUCACAAAACUUUACCUCCAGGAAGAUAUUUACGCUCCCCGUGCCUUCCUUCCAGUUCUUCGAGCAGUCGCUGGGACACUUCGCUCCCUGACACUGGAGGAAUUCGUGUUUGUGGACGAAGACGAUCUCGCGAUCGAGAUCAGCGUCGGCCCCAUAAUUAUGACUGCCUUGGAAGAACUCGCUAUCGUGCAUUGUAAUAACCUUCCCCUCACUUCAAACGUUAUAAGGAUGCCCAGCUUGAAAAUCCUAUACUAUGGAGCUGGAUGGGCGGCGAUGGGUGAUGACAAUUUCGAGCCACUCAAUGUGGACAAUCUUUGCGUCCUCUGGUGGGAAGGAGAUAGACACCACCUCUUAGGCGCAGUCAAACAAGCAGCCAAUGAGUUCGCCAUCCCAUCGCAGAUCAGGCACAUCGAGAUCUUGCCUAGCGUCCUGUGCGGCGAGCGGGUGAAGUUGGACCAGCUAGAAGCGUAUGCUCUUGACCUCCGCCGGAGUGGGCGCCUUGAGCAACUGACCAUCACGGUCGGAAAGGACGACAUAUUGGGUUUUGGAUCGGUCGUCGACAGGCUGCCAACCUUGAGUGAUCUUGGUUUACUUGAUAUUCGAACCGGACGCCCCUCGGUUCUAUACCCCGGCUGUGAUGAGAAUAACAUACAACCGGAGUGGACAUUAUUCUGA